CCUGGGGGCUCUGAGCUAAGAGGGAGGGACAGUAACUCAACCCAGAGGAACCAUUCCAGAAAAGCCAUCUACAGAGAAAACCAAAGAGCCCUAUGUCUUCCCCUAGCCACGAGGAGACACUCCAGGAGCCCAAGCCCCCCAACUGCCAGAAGAAGAAGAAGAAAAAAAAAUGGUUGCAGCAAGAGGCCAACAUUCAAGCCCUCACCAAGGCCGGCCACAGGGCCCUCCAGGCUGGCCAGAGCCAUGAGGCCAUGGUCAGCUUCCAGAAGGCCUUCCUCUUGGCCUCAGAGGCCCCAGGGGUCAGGGAUACCUCUGUCCUUCGGGCCUGUGCCUUCAACCUGGGGGCUGCCUAUGUGGAGACUGGGGACCCAGCCAGAGGCCUUGAGCUGCUCCUGAGAGCUCAGCCUGAAGAGAAGGCCCAGGGCAGUUGUCAUGGUGACCAGUGUUUCAAUGUGGCUUUGGCUUACCAUGCCCUUGGAGACCUGCUCCAAGCUCUGGACUGGUACCAGAAGGCCCUGGGGCAUUACCAGCCACAGGGUGACCAGGGAGAAGCCCAGGCAAAAAUGGGAGCCUGCUACCAGGCCCUGGGGCGGCCUGAGCAAGCAGCCCACUGCCUGAAGAAGGCAAGCCAGGCCUAUGUCCAAGCAGGGCAGUCCCGCGCUGCAGCGCUGGCAUUAGGGGCUGCAGCCAGGUGUAUGUUGAAGAGUGGGCAGCACGGGGUAGGUGAGGUGGUGCAGGCACUGGAGGAGAGCCGGACACUUGCUGAGAUGAGCACGGAGCAGGGGCUGCUGGGGCAUCUCUACAAUGACCUUGGCCUGGGCUACUCCCAGCUCCAGCUGUUCCCCCUGGCUGUGGAGUCUUUCCUGCAGGCCUUGCCCCUGUGCCAGCGACCAGGAGAGCAGGCCACCGUGCUAAGGAAUCUGGGGAUGGCCCACAAUGCCCUGGGCAACUAUCAAGAAGCCUGCGACUUUCACCAGAAGGCUGCCCAUCUGCAUGGCUCUGUGGGGCAGCGUUGGGAGCAGGGCCGCAGCUUUGCUAGCCUGGCUUUCGCAUUGAGUCAGCUGGGGGACCACAGGAUGGCCAGAGACAACUACCUACACGCUCUACAGGCUGCCCGGGACACUGGGGACAUGAAGGGGCAGUGGCAGGCCUGCGAGGGGCUUGGGGCUGCUGCGGUCAGAUUGGGGCAGUAUGACCAAGCCUUGAAGUACUAUAUGGAAGCACUGGCGCAGUGUCAGAAGGAGCCAGAUUCUACACGAGGACGGCUGGUGGCCAAGCUGGCAGAUGCCGUGAGGACCCACUUGACACAGACCCUGGCUCUGGGAAGGCCUGAGGCCCUAGGCAGGGCCUGCUGCAUGGCAGAGACCUCAGCCAGGAUGCAAAGGGGCUCAGCAGACGCCCAGUGCAGUUCCCUGCCCUGCAGAUCUCUCAGUAGAUGGGAUGAGAGAGUGUCUGAGGAGGGCCACCAAGAGAAAGAAGACGGGUCAGCACAUGUUCCUGUGACAUCUGGGCCUCAGCAACUGGAGUGUUCAGAACACGCAAACCAUCUUCCUCAUGUUCUGGUACACAGCAGCCCCAAAGGUAACAGCCACCAAGGCAUGAUGUUUUGCUGAAGACUGGAUGUUCUUUCUGUUCCAGAUUUUACCUUCCCCUUAAAUUCUCUGUAAACAAC